CGGGUAACCAAAUGUGGAUUAUGUAAGUCAAUGCGGCCAAUUAGCCACUGCCAUCUGCGCAAGAGACGUCUUGUUCAUUCGAGAUAACUGCGACAGAUGACAGAUGGUGGAUUUCUGUCCUCGCGAAAGGUGACGCGUGUAUCAGAUCAAGUGGAUUGAUUAUUGCAGAAGCGACUUGUCUUGUCGAUUUUUUCUCUCUCUCAUUUCUUGCUGUCUCAAUUAGUACAUAUAUUCAUUUCAUUUUUUUUUUUCCUGUGCAUAUUUUUCGCAAGCGGUCGGGAGCAAUUUUAGAUCCCGCCCGGUCUUUCAAAGAAAGUGAAACGGGCCCUUGUUUUGCAGGCCGAGUCUGUUCGUUACGAAAUUGCUAUUCUCCAACCUCCAGGGCGUUCCCGACUCGAUUCAUUCCACAUCAACAGACCGUUCAUCGACCAUGCGGCUAUCGAGUACGCAACCACUCGGCGGCCUGCUCCUUGCAGCGGCCUUCUUUUCCAAAUUUGCGAUCGCCGCUGCCGCCGAUGCGACGUCGACAACCGCUGCGGAGCCGUGCACGGCGACCUCUGCGAGCGGCUUCCACGACUUGCGGCGGGACACUGCGGUCCAGCUGCCCGAAGGCGUCAAGAAGAACAAGAACGGUGCGCCAAAUACCGACUACUUCGCCAGGGGCUGGGACUAUCCCUCAAACUUCACCAUCAACAUCUGCGCGCCGGUUGUGGAGCCCGUCAAAAAGGUGGUUGGUAUUGAUGAGGACAACUGGAGGAACGUCAGCGCGUAUUACAAGUCGUCGGACGGAAAGGUUUAUUCGCUAGGGCAAGAAUCAUCAGUAUUGACGGUACGAGGUCGUAAAAUCUCAUUACAAUACACAGACGGAUCCCCGUGCGGUGAGGAAACCAAGUCCAAGGACAAGCUCCGGAGGAGGAGCGGCAGCAGCCACGACAAGCGGGGCUCGGUACACUCGGGCGCAUCGCACAGCAGCUACGACGAUGAGUCGCGCACCAGGGCGGCCGAAAAGGACAAGGAGAAGGAGGCCAACAAGAAGAGGCGCAAGUCGGCCACCUUCUCCUUCAUCUGCGACCACGAGAUGAUGGGCGAGAAGGCCGUCGUGAGCUACAUCGGCAGCACACCAGACGAAUGCGCCUACUUCUUUGACGUCAGGUCCUCGCAUGCCUGCGCCGGCGUCGAGCCGCACAAGCCGGGCAGCGUGGGGCCCGGUGGAGUCUUUGCCAUCAUCUUCUUCAUUGCCGUCGGUGUGUAUGUGGGUGGAGGCGUGUUUUACCAGCGGACCGUGGCGCACGCUCGAGGGUGGAGGCAGCUGCCGAAUUACAGCCUCUGGGCAGGAAUCUGGAACUUUAUCUCGGACUUUUUCAUCAUCGCCACCUCUUCCUGUGCCCGCUGUAUUCCGGGCAGGCGAGGAUAUCGAACAUUAUCCUCGUCCCCGAGCGGAAGGGGUAGAAAUAGGGAAGACGAGAACAGGUUGAUUGACCAACUAGACGAAGAGUGGGACGAUUAGAUUCCUUUUGUUGAUUCCUCUUGUUCUGUAGCAUGACAUAAGCUCGGCCAUGGCUUUUUCUUUUUCUUUUCCUUUUGUCCAUAAAAGAAUGACAAGCACUUGAAGCCCAAGACUUUGUUGUAACACUAGACGACCUCAGAAACGUGUUUUUGAAAAGGGCAGAUGCGAUUAUUAGGUUGUCCGGAAUAAAACCAAAUUUAAGCGUCACACGAUACGGUUCGUUC